GUCGACAAUGUUUGUGUUAUUAGUGAUCUCAAUAGUUGCUACAUCAUAAGCACGGGUCUAAUACUGUACCUCACAGUUAUUUUUAUACUCCAGCAUGUUAAUUUGUUCUAUUUUAAUAAUGCAGCUUGUAAAAUACGAGACGGAAAUUCAAACCAAAAAUAGUUUUUAUUUCGCAGAUCAACAGUCCUGCCGGCUGCCCUGGUUGUCUAAUUUAGAAUCAAGUCAGACUGCAGAAGCUUUUGGGCUUCUCCGUUUCUUUCUCAUGUGUCAACUGAUCACACGAAAAAGGAAGCUGACCCGCCCUAGAAACAGGCACUGUACAGUAAGACUACAUUUUUUUUUUUUUUUUACUGUUCAUGCAGUCUGACUUGUCAACACGUUUCUGCCAAAGUUCCUCCUGUGUCGUAUGUCUUCACCUAUAUCCACAUGUACGUCAAUGUCAAGUGGCUCCGGUGCCCCUUUUACCCGCUGUGGAGAAGCUGCUCCACUGACCUCAACGUCUGCUUGAGACACCCUUUAGGAGGUAUAAAAGCCAGGUCCAACAGUGCCACCGUGCACCUUCACUUUGCAUCAACGAGAACAUCUCUAAUGCUGCUUAAUGCGGACACAUCCUUCAAGAUGCCUGCCAGACCUAAAUCCGCCAUCAUUCUGCAUGAGACUUGCAAAGACUGGAUUAAUUUGUCCUUGGAUGAUAAAACUGCCAACAAGAUGUUAUGGAUUUCUGACAACGGCUCCAAAGCGCGUCGCAGGCUUGAUGAGGUUUGUCCGGUCCUGGAUCGCCCGGAGAGAUACGAGUACUCGCCACAGGUGCUGAGCAAAGAGGGCAUCUGGAACAUGAGGGCCUACUGGGAAGUGAACUACACCGGCUGGGUCGUGAUCGGCGCCACCUAUGAGGGAGCGGGACGCAGGGCCAACUCCGGGCCGAGCGGCCUUGGGGAGAACGCGGAGUCGUGGGGUCUGGGCUGGGCGGGAACGCGCUACCAGAUCUGGUUUAACGGCGUGAACAAGGACAUCAACCACGUCCCUUAUUGCUCCACCAUCGGGGUGUACGUGGACCAGCCCGCCGGCAUCAUCAGCUUCUACGUGGUGAGCGGAGAGGGCGCCGACAGGGAGGUCAAGCUGCUCUACAGGGUCAAGACCAACAUCGAGAAGAAGAUUAUUCCAGGGUUCUGGAUGGGGAUCCAGUCUUCAUGCACGUUACUAAAGAAAGCAGAAUGAACGCCACAUUUAUAUGAUUUUGUUUAUUAUGAGUCUGAGAUUUCCAUUUUAGGUCUGAGUUUUCCAAGCCAACCCAAAUUGGGUCCUACUGGGUGAAAUGUCAAAGCAAAAAUGCUGUAGUAUAUGAUUCUCUAAAUGACUGGGGGUAUAUUUAUUUAUUUUAUAACACUAAUGUCAUAUUAGAGACAUUUGUACAAGAACAAAUGUAUGAACAAAAGAUGUGAUGGAUGUUUAUUUUAGUUAACCAUGGUUGUCAUGCGUUUGGCUAAUGUUACCGCAAUGAUUAGAUUAGAUUAGAUUAGAUAGUACUUUAUUUAUUCCGUCAGGAGAGUUCCUUCAGGAAAAUUACAAUUUUCAGCACAAUCCCAUUCAAGAUCAGAAAAACAUUACAGGGAGACAGAACAGGAUCGCUGACGGGUCUGCCGGCUUCCAGCGCCCCUUACAAAAAAGAUGACAUACAGGUAAACA